AUGUGGGGCUGGGUAAUUGCUAUUAUCUUUGGUGGUGUGCUAUGUGGAGUAGCCUCUUCUCUGGCAAUGGAUACCCCAGAGAAGACCCAGAUCACCACUCCUCUUUCUAAGUUCGAGGAUUCACCUGUUUUUAACUAUAUCAAUAGUCUUUCUCCUAUCAAGCCAGUGAAAUCCAUAAACAUUGCUCAAACAUUUCACUCACUUAGUUUUGGAUCACUUCCAUCCGUUUUCACUUCGCCCCAUAUCAGCUCUCAUAAGGAAACUAGGUUCCUUAAAAGGCACAACUACUCUGAUCUCUCAAAACCAGAUUUUUCCUCUGAAAAUGGGAAUGACAUCUGUAAAGAUGAAGGGGUAGUCGUAGACGUGGCUCAGCUGUAUGAAAAUUCGGCUGAGCUACAGGAGAAUUUUGAUCCUGGGGUGUCCAUUGAAGAGUCUUCUUCAGUUGAACCUCCUAGUGAAGAUUUGAAGUUCGCAAUUGAACUACCACAGACGUUAAAAUGUGAUUGUGGUAGCCCUGACAGUGACCCAACACCUCGUUGUGGUACUCAGAAAGAUACUGCAUCCGAAUCGGCUGGCACAUCAGCAUCACUUGUUCCAUUUGUUAACAAGGCUUCUCAUGAAGGUUCCCCUGAAGGCCAAGUGCAUUUAGCAGGGCUAUACAAGAUUGAGAGUAAACAAGAGGCGACAGAAUGCGACUGGGAGAGUUUGAUAUCAGAUGCUGCCGAUCUUUUAAUUUUCAAUUCUCCCAUUGAUGCAGAGGGUUUUAAGGAACUUUUCCAGAGAUCACCAAACCCUGUUGUAGGAUUUUGCACCUCUUUUAAUGAGGUGCACAAAAUGCAAAUAAUCAAUACUAAUGGUUCUGGUGAACAAAAUGAGAUGGGAGACCCUUCCACUCAAUCUGGGGAAACCAUUGAGCAGACCCAAAUGGACACGGCACAGGAAAAUCUUGUUGCUAAUGAGGAUCCAAAUAAAUACAUGAUUGGCAACGAUUCUAAGGCUGUUUCUAAUUUGCAUCGUGGCAUGCGAAGGCGCUGUCUUGAUUUUGAGAAGAUAGGAGCCCGCAGGAAGAACAUAGAAGAUGGUUCAAGCUCUAGUUCAGUGUUUGUGCAGUCAGAUGAGAUAACUACCUCCAAAAAUACGCAAUUGGUGCCUGUUAAGCUCGGCAGUGAUUCUUCAAGAUGCAUUUUACCUGGAAUUGGUUUGCACUUAAAUGCUCUUGCAAUAAAUUCCAAGGAUAGCAAAAAGAUAAAGCAUGAAAAUUUCUCUUCUUCCAUUACUUUGCCUGGUUCUGCUCCCUCCUUUCACUCCCCAACAACUGGUCAAGAACUUAAUGAAUCAUUGGCCUUAGUGCCUACUGAAAGAGAUAUGGAUCCCAAUGACAAUGAUAUUCCACUUGUGGAUGAUUUCAACCAGAAUAGUCCAAAAAGAAGAGGCAUGCUCUUUGACAAUAUAUUUUUUGUACAGCGUAGGUUGGAAGGAGAAGCUGAGGCCUGCAAGCGUUGCAACUGUAAGAAAUCAAAGUGUUUGAAACUUUACUGUGAAUGUUUUGCUGCUGGUGUCUACUGCAUAGAGCCAUGUGCAUGUCAAGAUUGCUUCAACAAACCUAUUCAUGAAGAUACUGUUCUUGCAACUCGCAAACAGAUCGAGUCUCGCAACCCACUUGCAUUUGCUCCCAAAGUUAUUCGGAGCUCUGAAUCUGCACCUGAAAUUGGGGAUGAGUCGAGCAAAACACCUGCUUCAGCCCGCCAUAAAAGAGGAUGCAACUGCAAAAAUCAAGGUGGUGUUGGAUGCUCCAUUAACUGCAGAUGUGAAGGAUGCAAGAAUGCAUUUGGAAGGAAGGAUGGAUCUGCUUCAAUGGAAAUGGAAGAUGAACCAGAAGAUGAAACAGAAGCAAGUGAAAAGAGUGGGGUUGAUAAACUAUUACAGAAAUCUGAAAUCCAGAAUAAUGACGAGCAGAAUCCAAAUUCUGCACUUCCCACAACUCCAUUACGGUUUUGCAGAUCAUUGGUUCAGCUGCCAUUUUCGUCCAAGGGCAAACCGCCAAGAUCCUUUCUUGGCGUUGGUUCAUCUUCUGGAUUGUAUACAGGCCAAAGAUACGGAAAACCAAAUAUUCUUCGACCUCAAUCGAAGUUUGAAAAACAAUUCCAAAAUGUUCCGGAUGAUGACAUUCCUGAGAUCCUCCGAGAAAACCACUCUCCAAACUCCGGCAUUAAGACCUCUUCUCCCAACAGCAAGAGGGUCUCUCCUCCUCAAAGUAAAAUAGGAUCAUCCCCUGGUCGGAGGAGUGGUCGGAAGUUGAUACUGCAAUCCAUACCCUCAUUUCCCUCUCUCACUCCCCAGCAUUGA